AUGGCUCCCUUAGGUGAAGUUGGGAACUAUUUCGGUGUGCAGGAUGCAGUACCCUUUGGGAAUGUGCCCGUUUUGCCAGUGGAUAGUCCGGGUUUGUUAAGUGACCACCUGGGUCAGUCUGAGGCAGGUGGGCUACCCAGGGGGCCUGCAGUCACGGACUUGGACCAUUUAAAAGGGAUCCUCAGGCGGAGGCAGCUAUACUGCAGGACUGGAUUUCAUUUAGAAAUCUUCCCCAAUGGUACUAUCCAGGGAACCAGGCAAGACCACAGCAGAUUUGGUAUACUGGAAUUUAUCAGUAUAGCAGUGGGCCUGGUCAGCAUUCGAGGGGUAGACAGUGGACUCUACCUUGGAAUGAAUGAAAAAGGAGAACUGUAUGGCUCGGAAAAAUUAACCCAGGAGUGCGUAUUCAGAGAGCAGUUUGAAGAAAACUGGUAUAAUACAUAUUCAUCAAAUCUAUAUAAACAUGUGGACACUGGAAGACGAUAUUAUGUUGCGUUAAAUAAAGAUGGGACUCCAAGAGAAGGGACUAGGACUAAACGGCAUCAAAAAUUUACACAUUUUUUACCGAGACCCGUGGACCCUGAGAAAGUACCUGAACUAUAUAAGGAUAUUUUAAGCCAAAGUUGA